CCGCCUUGCUCUUUUGUUCAAAAGCUGGCAGCUCUUGCUUUGGUCAUUUACGCUCAAGUCAAAGCCAUCAUCUGAUCCGUCUACAUACGAUCGAGGUCCAGCAAGCAACAGGAACUCUGGGGCGAGGGUUUGUCGUUGGUCAAACGGCAAUGUCCCUUCGCCAAUCUGCACGGCUUUCGGCAACGCCUUUGCGCCUCUUCACUGAUCGCGCGGACAACAAGGCUUCUGCCUCAUCAAAUAGCUCAAACGAACCAAGCCCUACAUUUUCGAAUGGUGAUAGCUUCAACUCCAACGACCCGUCAGCCUCCGUCACUGAUUGGGCUGACCUUGAUGAUCACGCUUACCGCUCGAUUCGGGACACGGCUGCAACAAUGAAAUCAAAGGCUACCACCCACCGUGAUUCUAAGCUCAACACAGAAAAUGGCAACCGACGAUCCUCCGGUCGUGUGCGGAGAUCGACUGCUAAGGAGCCUUCGCCGACGCCAUCGCCGUCCAUGCCUGACAUGUAUGAUAUUGAUGGGUACUCCUACCAAUCAAUUCGGGACAACGCCAACGCGUCGUCACCAAACACUGUCGCUCGCCAUGGUCUGGUAUCGCGUAUGGAAGAUGACGCCCGUAGAUCGUUGAACAGCCGCAUCUGGAAACCGGCUGUCCAAGGUCCGUCAACGUCCACGAUCGAUAUGACUGAUGUCGAUGAAUACACCUAUCGCACGCUUCGGGACAGAGCAUCGUCAGCAACGGUACCAAAAUCCACAGCCCGUCGUAACUCUCAAUCGAAUGCAGAACAUGAGAGUCGACGAUCUUCCGGCCGCGUACGGAAGCCGACUGCCAAAGCUCAAGCACUAAAUGGGUCGAGAUCUUACUCUCCGCCACUUUCAGAUACUAUCGUUAUUGGCUCGUCUUCACAAAAGGCAGACUCACCUGUACCUGAGCAGCCUACAACAGCAGCCGGGCAGCCAAUUGAGUCCAGCCAAAAAACUCCACCAGCUCCAGAGAUUCCAGAAACGCCCGCAACAACUAAAGUCAAUGGCACCAUUACGCCUUCCGAAACUCCGAUAGAAAAUGAUGAGACUUUGCUCACUACUAUUGAAUCACCUUCACGGAGAACCUCCCGACGAGAGAGAAAGCCUACGGCAAAAGUACUGGAGAUAUCUUCAACGGCUCAAAAGCGUCCAGCUACCGAAGAGGAAGAUGUCCGCCCUCGAAAGUCUGCUAGAAUCUCACAUUCUGGAGCCAGGGUUCCCUCCAAGCUUCGCUACUCGUUGAGCUCUGCCACAGAGGAGGAUGUUACGAUGGUCGACGAUGAGGUCGAGAAUGAUGAAACACCCAAGAAAUCCAAGAUGGUGGUUCUGAAAUCCAAGCGACUAUCUGAACUCAACGAUCCAAGUCAGAGCCCGGUCGUCGAGAAGCUUCAGCCUUCUUCAUCGAGGAGAAAGUCUCAACGCAGAGUGAGGGUCAACGAGCCCUCUAGAGAUGAGACACGCAUUGUUCCUCCGGCGCGCAUAGCGACCAGUGGCCCUAUCAUCGACCUAAAGAACAUCUGCAACCUGUCUUGCCUUGCGCCUUCAUCCCGUCUCCUUGCCUUUGCGGAGAUAGCGCGGCAGAUGCCCGACACAGAAGAUGAAGACGUCGAAAUCAUUCCAGGAAGUAUCUAUGAUUGGCGCGCUUAUACGGGACAAUGGUGUGAGUGCAACAAAAUGCAACCACCUGCUGUUGCUCCAAUAGACUCAGAAGAGCUUGCCCGAGCACUAUUACCGAAUACUGUGGCGGGCAGUGCAAGGUAUGAGCCCAUUGAUCUGACUGAGUCCCGCCACCAAGCUACACCAGAAGCCGAAUUGCUUUCGACACCGGUCAACACCAUCCUUCGGGCUUCGGACGCAGAACGAUUAUCUCUACUCUAUGCUGCACCUCCCACCGAGAACACAAGCAGAGACCGGAACUCCCUGUCUGCCGGCCCAUCUGUGCGCCGGGAGUCAAGCUUCUCCGCUCCUCAGAUGAGGGCGCCUGAACUAAGAUAUUCAACGAACACGAUGAUGUACCCACCUUCGACAUCGUCCACGCCAAUUCCUGCACGAAACUCGUAUGAAGAACGCAUUCGCCAGGAUCACGAGAAAUUGACAACGAUCCGGAAGCGAGCGGCGGCCAAGGGGAUCCAAUGGAGUUUUAAUAUGACUUUCGACGAGAUCCAGGCCUUGAUUCUGGAACAUGAAGCUGCUGAAGAAAGAAUGUAUCUGGAUUCAUACGUCCCUUCAGAAGAGAGGGACCGUCGUAUGUCUCAUGAGCAGCAUCCAGCGCCUGUACGGCGACAAUCGGACACUCCAUCUGGCUUUGGCAUGCUCAUGCUCCCACUGGGAUAUUCUCAUGGUCAGACGGCUGGCAGCUCUCGACAGAGGGAGAUGGCAGAGAUGGCAAAUAUCAAUGGCGGCUCGAACGUGUCGCAUGGACAUGGAAGUCCACCUACUGAUGGUCUAGCUGGUCAAGCAGAUGUCGCUGGGACGCAGUACCGACGCGUAUCAUCGCCUAGCAGACCGAAGAGCUCUCGUUUUCGAGUUGAUCCAAGAGGAUUACGAGGAGAGUCACCAGGGCCGGGAACGAUUAUCAAUAUGGCGGAGAAGAGGAAUGCGAAUGGAAAGCAAACGAGAAGAUCGAGAGAGAUGGUAAUGGAUGUCGGCGAACGAGCUCGAGCGGGAAACAUCUCUUGAGAGUAUAGGACUUGAGCGAGGAGGAUAGAAAUCUGGUUUCGGACGGACUCACGUUGGGGGAACACGACGAAGGACUGUGAGUACCCACGCUUUCUUGUUUCAUCGAGGCACGGGUCCUGAAGAGGGAUCGAGUGCUUGUCUCUCAUUGUGAGCGGAUUAUGCAUGGGAAUUUCUUGGGGGCGCGAAGCAUAUCAUGUUCCGUUUAUGCAUAGCGAGGAAAAUAGGUUUCAUUCUGUGUAUAAUAGGCAUAGCAUUCAUGUUCAAUCAUUG